AUGAAGCCCCUCCGUCAAUCUCAAUAUAAGACGGCACGUCAUCCUGUUUAUCCAGAUCUUCUCUUACUCUUUUCCCUUGUUUCAAACCACAUUCUUUCUCCUCGCGUACCUGCCUUUUGGUUGCUUCUGAGCUGUGCUCUUCAUUUCUUUCCUUCUCUUCUGCGCCAAGUCUUGUUGAACAAGCCCCAUUCGCUUUUUUCACUUGAUACCACUUUAUAA